UUUUUAUAGUAAAAAAAUAAGAAUAAUGGAAGAAUCUUUAGAUCAAGUUCAAACAGCGCCAAUCAUGACUUUUGAGAGGAAUAAAAUCCUCGGGCGAGGCACCUUUGCAUGCGUCUUCUACGGAACGCUCAACGGAUUACCUGUGGCCGUCAAAAGAAUUCAACUCCACGAUCUGGAAGAAUCCAUUCACAGGGAAGAGACGGCGAUGAGACAGCUAGAUCACCCGAACGUUCUCAAACUCCUUCACGUCCAAGAGAACGAAGAUUUCAAAUUUCUCGUACUGGAGCUGUGCGAGGCGACAAUUGACGAUUACAUCCGGAGACGAUACAUGGCAGACAACAUGCCAUCCGAUUGCGACGCUCUACAUCAAAUGGCCAGCGGCGUCCAGUACAUUCACUCCAAAGGAUUCGUCCACCGGAACGUGAAGCCGGAGAACGUGCUCAUUUCAACGUCUGGCGUCCUGAAAAUCGCCGAUUUCGGUUUCUGCAAACCCUUCCGGCCGUCUGGAAGCUUCUCGAUGACGAGCAGCGGUCCCAGAGGCACCCGGAUAUACUGCGCGCCGGAAUUCCUGCAGCUGGAAGGCAAAAGCAAAGAGGAGAGAGACAUCAUUCGAUGCGACGUCUCCAUCGAUGUCUUUUCACUGGGCUGCAUGUUCUUCUGUUACAUCAAAAAAGGUGAUCACCCGUUCGCCAAACCGGGAUCGCCAAUCACCUACGCCAUCGCCAGCAAUAUCGUUUACGGAAAGAAAUACUUGCACCUCGCAUUAAUGCCGGAUCACUACGCCUACGAAAUGAUUGACGGAAUGACGCAAACUGUCCCGCAGGAUCGCUGGACGUUAGAACGAGUAAUUGAAACUUUGACACCACACUUGACCAAAACUUAGACAAAACGCGAGCCAAAAAUACAGAGAAAAUAAAAAUCUAGUGUUUUUUGUUCAUUUCAAUCUGAAUUGCAUGUCGUAAUUUAACUGCAAUAAAUACCGGAGAGACUCUGCACUUUUUUUUUCAAGGUU